AUGAUGUCUGCAUUUUCAAGGGGGUGUAUUAAAUUACAUUCCAUGAGCUUGAACUCAUCCCGAACCUUCCUCUUCAAAACCCAAAAAUCAUGUCCAAACCCUCGAUUCUUUACCUCGACAUCAUUAUGUCGCUCCACAGCGAGGAAGCCAAUGGCAGUUCCAACAUUGAAGACAAAAUCAAAACAAAAACCUCAGCAAAAACCUCAGCUUAAUGUCAAAUCAAAGGUCGCAACACAAAUCCAACCUCCUACAUUGCUUGCCGCAGAACCAACAUUGGGCUCUCCAAAACUCCUCAAUUAUCACAGCUAUGCCGAUAUCUUGGCCGCAAAACCACAUACCACAAUCCUCUACCAAGCACCAUCACAUACCGGAUACAUAGUAACCUCUUACUUAGCUGGAACCUUUCUCCUUGGGUUCGCCGGACUCACUUUCUGGAAUAACUACAUUCAUAUCCCUGCCGACAUAGGCGUAUGGGUCCCCUAUGCUUUCGCUGGCAUAUCUUUUCUCCUAGCUGCUUGUGGAGGCUACGUCAUAUUGUCUCCCGCUGGUCUUAUAAAAUCUAUCACCGCCGUUCCUGCCAAAUUAUGUGCUCAUCCUCCAAAAGUUGAUGCACCGCUCUAUGUAGAAGUUGCUCUCAAAAAGAUCAUUCCUAUUCCAUUUAUGCCUCCGCGCAUCCUAACUCUAUCACCCUCCUCUCUCCAUCUUACAAGUCAUCUCUAUCAAGCUAGAACACGCGCCGAGGAACGAGCAUGGAAUAAGCUAGCCGAAGAAAAGAAAAGAGAGUUAGCGGAAUAUGAUAGAACGCAUAUCAUUGGAAGAGGAACGCGAAAGAUUUCGGUGGGUAUAUUUGAGUUAGUUAGGGCAUUUGGAAGAUGCUGGACUAGGGACGGAUUUAUACCAGUGCGGGUUACCGAGAGAGGAAUGGGGAGAGUGUUGAAGUUAGAUGGAGAGGCAGGGUGGGCACAGGAUGGAGGAAGGGCUCUGGAGAAGAUUAUAAAAGUUCAAAGCUCUAAGAGAGUGGGGUUUUAG